AUGACGGCUCCAGCUUCGAGUUCGCUCUUGAAGAAUCCUAGCCUUCUGAGGCUAUAUCUUCUUCUUAUUCCUGGCUCUCUGAUUGUCAGCGCUGCAAUGGGAUAUGAUUCGAGUCUCAUGAAUGGCAUCCAGGGAGUCGAUCGAUGGCAGAAUUACUUCAACCAUCCUCAAGGCUCUCUACUUGGUAUCAUGAACGCCAUUCUUCCUCUCGGCGCCGUCUUCGGAACGAUCCCUGCAGCCUGGCUGUCUGAUCACCAUGGAAGACGAUGGGCGAUGGCUGUUGGCGAUGUCAUUGUCAUACUCUCGACCGUCAUUCAGACCGCCAGCAUCAACACCCCCAUGUAUAUGGCUUCACGAUUCCUAAUCGGUCUCGGAAUCACCAUCGCUUCUAGUUCCGCCCCCAUGCUCGCCGCCGAACUUGCCCAUCCCCAAUCGCGAACGACUCUAACAUCGAUGUAUAACACUCUCUGGUACUUGGGAUCCAUCAUCGCAGCAUGGACGACAUACGGUACUUACCGUACCAACUCCGAAUGGUCAUGGAGACUCCCUACAGCUCUUCAAGCCCUUCCCGCCAUCAUCAACCUCGUCUGUCUCUGGUUUCUCCCUGAAAGUCCUCGGUGGCUUGUAGGUCAGGAUCGCCAUGACGAGGCACGUGAUAUUCUCACCAAGUAUCAUGCCAAUGGCGACCAAGACUCUGCGUUCGUUGCAGCCGAGUUUGAAGAGAUCCGAACUGCACUUCAACUUGAGCUGGCUGGCUCUAGAUCCUGGAAGGAGUUGGUCCAGACCAAGGCUAAUAGACAUCGAACAUUCCUUGUUAUUUGCUGUGCUUUCUUUCCUCAAUGGUCUGGCAAUGGAUUGGUGUCUUAUUACAUCGCCCCUGUCCUUCGAUCCAUCGGUAUCAACUCGCAAGAAGACAUCACUCUUAUCAACGGUAUCCUUCAGAUCUGGAACAUGAUCGUCGCUAUGACUGGUGCCAACCUCGUCAACCGAGUCGGUCGUCGCCCUCUCUUCGUCGUCGCAACUUCAUGCAUGCUAGCUGGCAUGGUAGCAUGGACUAUCACCGGCAGUGUCUUUGCAAGGACCAAAUCAGAAGCCACUGGCGCAGGAAUCCUCACUUGUGUCAUCUUCUUCGCUUCUUCCUACAACAUCUGCUGGAAUCCACUGGCUGUCGCAUACCCGGUCGAGAUUCUUCCCUUCAACAUCCGCGCCAAGGGUAUCGCACUUCUUAUGGGAUCCAUUAAGGGAGCUAGCUUCUUCAACCAGUUCGUCAACCCUAUUGGGCUGAAGAACCUUGGCUGGAAGUACUAUAUCGUGUACUGCGUCUGGCUUUGCAUUGUUCUAAUCACUGUCUUCUUUAUGUUUCCAGAGACCAAGAACCGAUCACUUGAGGAGAUCUCCGAAGUCUUCGAGACGUACUCUGAGAGUGCCUCCGAGAAGAAGCUUGAGACGACUGGCAUUGAGUGCAUUGAGCAUCAGAGGAACGAGAAGGAGUAA